UGGAGACAUUGGCCAGACGGUAGCCCUUGUAUGCCCUUGUAACAUUUUCUCGCUUUUGGCGAUGCUGCUGUCGUCCCGAUGUGGACACGGGGAUUCCCCUCAUCGCUGUCCCGAGCAGACUUCCGCUUCUGCGUUCCUCAUCAUCAUUCUCCGCGAUGCGGCGCGGGGGAGGACAUGUGGAGGCGUCAGUCCCCCGGUGCGCUGCCCCGCCAGCCGCACAAGUGUCACCCUCAUUUCUCCCGCAUCUGCCCCACGCGUACCGACACCCCCGCCAGAAACCUCAGUAGCAUCGAACACUUUCUCUCAGCAUCAUGGCUUCGUCUACGACGGACGGCUACGCCCGCGGAAAGUGGCGGGCUUGGCUGACUGUUGUCGGGGCGUUCUUCAUGCAGUUCAGCGUCAUCGGAUUCAUGUCCGCCUUCGGUGUGAUGCAAGCGUACUAUGUCCGCACAUUCCUGUCGCACUCGUCCGCGUCCGCCAUCAGCUGGAUCGGCAGCAUCCAGACCCUCCUUGACCUGACGCUCGGCGCAUUCCUAGGCCCCUUGCUUGACCGCGGAUACUUGAGGCAUGUCCUAAUCGGUGGUUCAGUAAUAUUCGUGAUCUGCCACUUUCUACUCUCGCUCGCCCAACCACAACAUUACUACCAAGUGCUCUUAUCGCAGGGUAUCGGAAUGGGCCUGGGGAUGGGCUCCAUAUUCCUCCCUACCUCCGUCCUCGUCUCCCAGCACUUCCACAAGAAGAAGGCAUUAGCAAUGGGCAUCGUGCCUGCCGGCGGCUCCCUAGGCGCGGUCGCCUUCUCGAUCGCCCUCAACUACCUGUUCAACGGGCCCUUGGGCUUCGGCUGGGCGAUCCGCAUCAUUGCGUUCAUAUGCCUGGGUCUGCUCCUCGUUGGCAAUCUCCUCCUGUUCGACGCGCGACCUGCCACGCAGCCCACAGCCGUCCCGGGUAUCCAAGAGAAGCCGCCCGGCACGCUCACCGCGGGACGAACUGACGACGAAGACGCAGCCACGAAGACCGACCGAACCAGCGGGGACCCAGAAGAGGCCGCCGCACCGCGCCCGCCGCUCCUGGACCGCAGAUACGCGUGCAUCCUCGUGCAGGGCUUCCUGACGGGCCUCGGGCUCUGGUUCCCGCCGUCGUACGUGCAGCUCUUCGCGGAGCAGCACGGCGUUGGCCGGGAGCUGUCCUUCUACAGCCUUGCGAUCCUCAACGCCGCGAACGCGCUCGGGCGCGUCCUCCCGAACUGGCUCGGCGACCGCUGGGGCGCGCUCGCGGUGUACGUCCCGUGUCUCGUCGUCGGAUCGGUGCUGCAGUUCGCGCUGCUCGGGUGCACGACGGCGUACGGGCUCGUCCUCUUCACGGUCUUCUACGGCUUCUUCUCGGGAACAGCCGUAUCGCUGUACCUCCCCGCCGUAGCCUCCAUCAGCGCAGACGGCGCCGACGUAGGGAAACGCAUGGGCAUCGCGCUGUUCCCCGUCGGCAUCGGUGCGCUGGUCGGCACGCCCAUCGGCGGCGCGCUUAUCGGGCACGACUAUGUGUGGUGGAAGGGCGUGGUCUUCGCAGCGGUGACGGGGCUGGCGGGCGCCGCCGUCGCGGGGUCUGCCUUGGUGCGUGGGCCUUGCAGGCGAUGACGCGCCGUGUGCUUGAUGUCCCGUGGUGUCUCACAGAAGUCGGUCUGCGUAUUUGGGUCCGUGCACGAUGUAGACACAAUGAUAAUGCCUCCACCGACGUGGUGCGGGCAUAUCUUGAGCGACAAGUUGACUGGGCACUUCUGCUGUGGAUCACGUAAUGUACAGGCCUACGGGGCACCGUCUGGAAUGGUGCUUAGACACGAGGGUGUAUAGUACCAGCGACUCGGACGAGCUGUCAUCCUUACCGUGAUACACGCGCGCGAGCGAACGCUUGACAUCGCAGAGACAGUCACGAAUCUAUUCAGUUUGACACGAAAACGUUACCAUGCAUCUAUGGUAGACAACGGUAGGAGUCAAAGCGACUGCGUCUCCCGCCAGAAUGCUAGCCACUUCCUCACAUCCUCGCUACUCAGCGAGGCCGCCUCCGCCAAUACAGGAGACAGCUCCUUCGCCCGUGCCACGGAGAGCGCGGGGAAGCCC